ACUCACUACGCCUUUACGCAGUCUGGUCCUCUCUUUACUGAGCGAGGCUCAUAACACAGCAGAGGACAAAACAGAAAAGGAUUCCCUGUUGUGGUUUAGGGGAAAACAAGAAAAAGAGGGAGAAAGAAAGAAAAUAGAACUUUGUUUGCCUUAGCUACCAGCAGCAGAAAGAUAACUUCAAAACGUAUAGGCUACCUACCUACCGUCAAGGAACUGCCUGCAUCCGAUAAGGGAUCUAGUCCACAUACGAGGAGAGGGAGGGGGUGUGGAGAAAAGUCGAGAGAGAGACAGAGUGUGUGUGUGAGAGAGAGAGAGCACUGAGGGAGGGAAAAAGGUCAGGACACAGGGGGCAUUUCGCACUGCGAGAAAUAAGGAUCGUAUCAGAAGGUUGCAGAAGUAACGGAAUUGGCAGAGAUAAAAAAUUGUGAUAAAAUAAACGUCUGCUCCACAACUUCUUCACAAAGUCAAUUGAAAGGCGUACCUUGGUAAUUGAAUUGAGCGCAUUUUCUCAAGAAAAGUAUUUGGAUACUUAGGACACAGUUGGUUUUGUUGAAGCCGAGACAGUAGGCUGGAGGCUUCACUUUGGAUCGUGCGUAAUUUUCAUUGAGAGCCACCAUCAGGAUGCGCGUCUGCCUGCUCUUGGUCCUUCUCUGCCUCUUUUGCGCCGGGCACGCUCAGAAGUUCUCCGCUCUCACGUUUCUGCGGGUGGAGCAGGAUAAGGAGUGUAACAUGGAGUGUACUGGUGGUCCCAGGAAGCCCCUGUGCGCGUCGGACGGCAGGACCUUCUCAUCGCGCUGCGAGUUCCUCCGUGCCAAGUGCCGAGACCCCCAGCUGGAGGUCAUCCGAGGGCCAUGCAAAGAUACAUCCAGAUGUGUGGCAGAGAAGAAGUACACGGAACAGCAGGCCAAGAAGCUCUUCCCUCAGGUGUUUGUACCUGUCUGCAACCCAGACGGAACAUACAGUGAGGUGCAGUGUCAUAGUUACACUGGCUACUGUUGGUGUGUCACGCCCAAUGGCCGUCCUAUCAGUGGCUCAGCCGUGGCCAAUAAGAAGCCCCGAUGCCAAGGGUCAAAACAUGAGAGAGCUAGCACAAGAGAACCUGGAAAAUCAGUUUCCUUGCAAAUCUUUUCCAUUCUAAACACAGAUGAGUCAGCUGGCCUAGUGGGGGAGCCGAAUUCCCCGACAGACGAGGAAGACAUCAUUUCUCAGUACCCCACCCUCUGGACAGAGCAGGUCCGCAGCCGGCAGAACAACAGGACCAGAACACAAUCCUCAUCAUGUGACCAGGAGCAGCAGUCGGCCCAGGAGGAAGCACGGCAGCACAAGAAUGAGGCGGUGUUCGUGCCCGACUGUGCCCAAGGGGGCCUCUACAAACCUGUCCAGUGUCACCCGUCCACCGGGUACUGCUGGUGCGUGCUGGUGGACACAGGGCGGCCCAUUCCUGGCACCUCCACCAGUGUACGUCCUGAAGCUUCCAAGUGUACAGAUGCAACUACAUACCAACGUACAUGCAGAUAUGAGCAACCAAAGUGUGAUGGCAACGCCAGAGCCCAUCCCACCAAACCGAAGGACCAUUACAGAAGCAGACAUCUUCAAGGGUGUCCCGGGGCAAAGAAAACUGAAUUUCUGACGAGUGUUCUCGACGCGCUGUCAACAGACAUGGUGCAUGCUGUCACAGAUCCAGCGUCUGCCGGCAGGAUGUUGGAGCCAGACCCAAGUCACACACUAGAGGAGAGAGUGGUCCACUGGUACUUUAGUCAGCUAGAUAAAAACUCCAGUGGUGACAUCGGCAAAAAGGAGAUCAAACCUUUCAAACGUUUCCUGCGCAAGAAGUCCAAGCCCAAGAAGUGUGUGAAGAAGUUUGUGGAGUACUGUGACAUCAGCAAUGACAAGGCUCUGUCCCUGCAGGAGCUGAUGGGAUGCCUGGGCGUCACCAAGGAAGAAGGGACCAAACCAGGUGAAGGCACAUCCUCCAGUAAACUGGUUGGAACCAACAUGCAGUAUCUCCAGCAGGAGGAGAGACCAUUUCCUCUGCCAGUUCAGGGACAAUCUGCUGUUCAAUGUAAUUGCAUUUCUGGACAUUUUGAAACUUCAUGUAUUCAUGUUAGUGAUAAUUCCCUAAGUAUUAUUAACACAUUUGUGUUUAUAUCAUUAAGCCUUUUUGUAUGUGUUAUAAAUGACCAAAUAUGCCUGACUUUAUAGUAAGUACAGCAGCAUAUGAUACAAGGCAUUUAUGUAUGUGUUAAAAAUGGGGGGUCUGACUUUAAAUGAAGUACGGCGUCAUGCAAUAUAGAGUCUUUCUGGAUGUGUUAUGAAUGACUAAAGGUUUCUCAUUUCGAACUAAGUAUUACAGGACACUACAUAAAGUGUCAAUAAAUAGGUUAUUAACAUUUUGCUGAUUUAGGAAGGUUCUCUCAUUAUCCACAGGUUACUAUAGGGUGAGAGGUAUUUAAAUGGAUUGACGGACCUGCAAAGCUUCCGUUUGUAUGUGUGUGUGUCAGAACCAAGAUGAUUUGGAGUAGUCCAACCUGAGACUACCGCACCAGGUAUUCCUCUUCUGUUCCCAUGCUGGAGACAAGGGAGUGAUUACAACCUGUUACAAUGGUGCCAACAUUUUGUGGCUCAUCUUUCAGUGGGGGAGUGGGUGAAUGUAUUAAGGAACAUGUAACUUCGUUCCAGAAGACAGACACUUAACAUUUCUUUAGGUUGGAGGCUUUCAUCAAUUUAAGUGGUUCUUGGUGUAAAGUCAUCCCCAGGCAAUUGCACACACAGCACAUAUAAGCCUGGGAUAUUAACCAUUCAAAGUGGGCCUUAGUGGGAGUGCCUAUAGAAUUCUAUAGGACUAACCUUAGUGAGUAAAGUUUUUGUCAUCGUCACUAGUUAACACAGUCAAAAAGUCAUAAUUCUGGCUAAACCCUGCCCAUUUCCACAAUUUAUCUUAAAAUUAGAUUUUAAACCUAUGUGUAAUGUGACUAACAUGCCAUAACUUUAAAGAGUAUGCCAUCCUUCAGUACAACAUGUCACCCUUUAUAAAGCACAUGUUUAUAUCAUAUUUAACAUAGUGGGUUAUGUCACAUUUGACAUUGGUUAUGUCACACAGUUAUGCCACAUUUAUGAACCCUUUAUAAAGCAUGACUUAUGGUUUUCUAGAUGCUUUAACACAUUUAUGUAGUGCUUAUGAAGGCAUUAUGAAGGCUUUAUGAGGCCUUCAUAAGCUGAACUUCAUUUAAGCUGGACCCAUAUUUGCAUUGCAUGUGUCUAUCAGUCAUACAAGGGUAAGAUUAAGUAAUAAGGCCCGAGGAGGUGUGAUAUAUGGCCAAUAUUCCAUGGCUAAGGGCUAUUCUUAGUACGACGCAACCCGGAGUGCCUGGACACAGCCCUUAGCCCUGGUAUAUACCACAAAACCCAGAGGUGCCUUAUUGCUAUUAUAAACUGAUUACCAAUGU